UAUUAUUAUUAUUUAGAACCCACUCUCUCUCUCAGAGAUCAUAGAUCGAAAUCUCAGCAAUGAUUGUCGGCCCAGCAACCAAUUCGAUAAGAUCACGUGGCACGCGUCAUACUUUGAGUCACUGUAUUAUUAUUAAUCGAACUUUGAUUUAGUUAACUAGUUAACUAUUCAUAAUUUCCUGCUCCUGCACGAACACCAAAUUACAUCCUGGACGAGAUGAAUGUCCAGCGGGCGCCUUACAUCUGUGCACAAUGCACUUCUUGGGUUUCCCACCAGCCUCUACGUCGCUCCCAUCGUCAAAUUCUUUCACAAUUCGCAUGGCAACGCCGACAUAACACACAGAUCGCCCAGCGCACUCGGCCAUUCCGAGUAGCCAUUGUAGGCUCAGGGCCGGCGGGGUUUUACGCAGCAUACCGUCUGCUGGCUAAAGUGGAAGAUGCCAUGGUAGAUAUGUAUGAGAAGCUACCUGUGCCAUUUGGCCUUGCGAGGUAUGGUGUUGCUCCUGAUCACCCGGAGGUUAAGAACUGCGAAGAGAAGUUUACAGAAGUUGCGGAGUCCCCACGGUUCAACUUUAUCGGAAACAUUGAGCUAGGUGACAGCCUGCCACUUCAAAUCCUCAAGCCUCAUUACGACGCCAUUCUAUUCGCAUACGGGGCCCCGAAGGACAAGGAGCUAGGGAUUCCAGGGGAGAACGCACUGCGGAAUGUCUACUCUGCCAGGGAGUUUGUCGGAUGGUAUAAUGGGCUUCCCGAGCACCGGGAUUUAGCUCCGGAUUUAACCACCGGUGAAAACGCGGUGAUUAUCGGUCAAGGCAAUGUGGCCCUAGAUGUUGCUCGGAUAUUGUUAUCGGAUGUGGACCGUCUUCGCCAAACUGAUAUUGCAGAUCAUGCGCUGGAGGAGCUCUCCAAGAGCAAGAUCAAGCGGGUUAGAGUCGUUGGCCGUCGAGGGCCUCUGCAGGCAGCAUUUACGAUCAAGGAAGUCCGAGAACUUCUGCAGCUUCCGUCUGUUUCAUUUGACCCGAUACCCAAAGACUUGUUUCCCCCGGAGGAAGUCAUCGCGGCCCUUCCCAGGGCCCAGAAAAGGCUCAUCCAACUUCUCGCGAAAGGUUCUACGAAUGACCCUGCCACAGCUACAAAAUCGUGGUCUUUGGAUUUCCUUCUCUCACCGGAAUGCCUCAAUUGGUCCCCUGUCUUCCCGCACCGCCUGUCCCACGUCCAAUUUUCCCGAAAUCAACUAGAUCCUGCGAACCCUUUCAUUCCAAGUGCCAAGGUUACGCCCAAGUAUCUCUCCAGCGGCAAGCGAGCUCAGAUCGAUAUCCCUGCAAACACAUUUUUCCGCAGUGUCGGCUAUAAAUCACUCCCAUUGUCCGGAUUAGAGGAUCUAGGUAUUCAGUUUGACAGUAGCCGCGGGGUAAUUCCGAAUGAUGGUUUUGGACGUGUGACCGGCGGUUGGAGCACAGGACCCAGCGAAACACUUCCAGAUGGGUCCCUGAUCUCUCAUUUACCAGGACUUUACUGUGCUGGAUGGGUCAAGCGCGGGCCAACGGGCGUAAUCGCCACAACAAUGACAGAUGCAUUCAGCACUGCUGAAGCGAUAGCUACGGAUCUGGCGGAAAGACCUAACCGAGGCACCUGGUUAAACUCCCCUAGCUACAGCACAGGCCUUGGCUGGGAGGGUGUCCAACCUGAAGCAGAAAAGCGAGGUCUCCAAGCUACGACCUGGGAGGAUUGGCAACGCAUUGACCGCGCGGAGCGAGAACGGGGCCUACAGAAGGGCAAGGUCCGUGACAAGUUUGGACGGGUAGAGGAGAUGCUAGAAGUUUUGUCCUAAUAGGUUUACUGAUCAAAGAAACCAAAAUAGAGGAAUGUACAGCACAAUAGACGAACCAAAUAGAGAUCUUUCCGCUUCUCAUAUUAUCAACAAUUCAACCCAUGAGUCC